AUGUCUUCUCCGUAUCCGAACCAGGCGCCGCCGUCACCGCCAGAGAGCCCCUCUGAAGCCACCGUCCAGGUCUACGCUCUUUCGGCCGGUCAUUUCUCGCUUCCGGAACGUUUCUUUGUACAUCCAGCCUCGCAGACCGCUCGGAGAAUCGUUCCCUCUUUGUCUUUCCUGAUAAUCCAUGAAGAUCAAGAGACGGGCCAAACAACACGCAUAGUUUUCGACCUAGGUCUCCGACGCGACACCAAUCGAUACUCACCACCGAUUCAGAAACAUGUCGAGACGAGACAGCCCAUGACAACACUUCCCGACGUGACUGCUAGUCUCGCUGCGGGCGGACUGACACCCGACGACAUUCAUUAUGUCAUCUACUCACAUGUCCAUUGGGAUCAUGUGGGGGAACCUCGCGACUUCGCCAAAAGUACCUUUGUGAUCGGGAGUGGUGCGAAUGCUUUGUUGCAAGGUCAAGGGUCAUUGCGAGGAAGUCACUCAUUCUUCGAAUCCGAUUUGCUACCAGCUGAAAGAACGAUUGAGCUUUCCAAUCCCUACGAAGAUAUAGAGGAAGAAACCAAGAAACAAAGCUUAGAUUCCUAUGGUCCAGACUUUAUCCAAGAAUGGAGGGCUUACGGGAACCUACCUCGAGUCCUCGACAUAUUCCGUGACGGCAGUCUCCUCAUCGUUGAUGCACCCGGUCAUCUUCCCGGCCACAUUAACCUGCUGGCACGGACUGGCCCUACAAGCAGCGUCUACUUGGCUGGAGAUGCGUGCCACGAUAGGCGGAUUAUGAGGAACGAAAGACAGAUCGGGGAGUGGCUUGAUGAACAUGGACAUAUAUGUUGUAUCCACGCAGACAAGAAAUUGGCGGAGCAAACCAUUGAACGGAUCCAAACUCUGGAGUCGAAUGGAGUCGAGGUGGUCUUUGCGCACGAUUUUGAGUGGGAAGAGGAUCCAGCAAACCAAUCGAGAUUCUUUGGGAACUCUUGA